ACAGACUGAUAUAGUCUAUACACGCAUAUAUGUAAUGGACCAGAGUGAAGUGGGAAUUUGAAUAUGUAAUUGUAAAUUGCUGCUUCGUAUCACACUGGCGGUUCUCCCGUCAUUAUCGCAUGCUAACCUCCUACACGAUUGAAACAGCGUUAACACAGCUCAUUGCUAUGCUGUUGGUAUGUCUGCAGCGCGCACGCGGAUAAACGGCGGGUGUCUCCGUCCUUUCCCUGCGCGGAGAUUCUGAAGAAGCGUUUCUUCAAAUCCUCUUCCUUCGCAUGCGCCCUUCCUUUACGAGGCGUUUUCUGUCGAGAGCUGGGGUACUAACGCAGUUAGAGGAGGGAGAGCAAUACUUAUCUUCUUUAAAAAAAGAUACAAAAAAAAUCAAAAAGAGUUUAUUUGUAAUAUUAAUAUAAGCAAUUACUGGACGUUUCCUUUUAGCUGGCAGGGAGUUUUUGGGGGAGUUGGAGAAGAAUUUUCUAAGAAAAAAAAAAAAACAGAACAAAACCAGAUCCUGUCAGACUGCUUCUGCAACGUUUUGAUACAGAGACGUCUCGCAUGAGUCGUGUCUGCUGGACCAGGUGCUGGAUCUGAUUAUGAGCGAGAGUCAGACCCACUCCAACAGCCUUUUCCUGAACGAAGACGCAGACAAGUGCCGGAUCCCUGAGAGCCGUGUGCAGCGCUUCCAGAAGGCCAUGCAGAAGCAGGCGACCCGAGCUCAGAAGAGGAUGAGCUCCAUCACGAGAGAGAGCGUCAGGAACUUCCUCAAGAGGAACGCCUUCGUGCUCCUCACUGUGGCGGCCGUCGUGCUGGGCAUCAUAUUAGGCUUCGGUCUGCGCCGGUACGACAUGUCCCUGCGGGAGAUUAAGUAUUUCUCCUUCCCCGGAGAGCUGCUGAUGAGGAUGCUGCAGAUGCUGGUCCUGCCUCUCAUUGUUUCCAGUCUUGUGAGCGGGAUGUCUUCUCUGGACAGCAGAGCGUCGGGGAAGAUGGGGGUGCGAGCCGUGGUUUAUUACAUGGUGACCACCUUCAUCGCCGUGUUCAUUGGCAUCGUCAUGGUGAUGAUUAUCCGGCCUGGCAGGGGGCACAGGGACAGCUCCGUCCCGACGGAGAGCAAGAUAGAGCAGAUCCAAGCUGUGGACGCCUUCCUGGACCUCAUCCGGAAUAUGUUCCCUCCAAACCUGGUGGAAGCUUGUUUCAAGCAGUACAAGACCCAGUAUAUCAAGAGGCUUGUCAAGAGGAACGUCAGGACAGCCGUGAAUUUCACCGAUGCCACAAACGCCACCGAGUCACCCAUCCUGGCCAAUGUCACCCAGGCCAUCCAGACCCUGCAGGAGACCAUCACAAUGGAGGAGGCGGUGCCUGGGCCAGGCUCCUCCAAUGGGGUGAAUGCGCUGGGGCUGGUGGCGUUCUCCAUGUGCUUCGGCCUGGUAAUUGGGAAAAUGAAACAGAAAGGCCAGGCGCUGCUGGAGUUCUUUGACUGUCUCAAUGAGGCCAUUAUGAGACUGGUGGCAAUCAUCAUAUGGUACGCUCCUGUGGGGAUCAUGUUCCUGAUCUCUGGGAAGGUCCUGGAGAUGAAGGAUUUGGCUCAGAUGGGCGGGCAGCUGGGGAUGUACACCGUCACGGUGAUCGUGGGGCUGCUGAUCCACGCCUUGUUUGUGCUUCCACUGCUCUACUUCAUCGUCACGCGCAAGAACCCCUACCUGUUCAUCGGGGGGCUGCUGCAAGCCCUCAUCACUGCCCUGGGGACAUCAUCAAGCUCAGCGACGCUCCCCAUCACUUUCCGCUGCCUGGAGGAGAAUAACAAAGUGGACAAGCGCGUGACGAGGUUCGUCCUGCCCGUGGGCGCGACCAUCAACAUGGACGGCACAGCGCUCUAUGAGGCUGUGGCCGCCAUCUUCAUCGCUCAGGUCAACCACAUGGAGCUCAACUUCGGACAGAUCAUAACCAUCAGUAUCACGGCAACAGCAGCCAGCAUUGGGGCCGCGGGGAUCCCUCAAGCUGGUCUGGUAACCAUGGUGAUCGUAUUGACAUCGGUGGGGCUGCCGACUGAGGACAUCACCCUGAUCCUCGCGGUGGAUUGGUUCCUGGACCGCCUGAGGACCACCACUAACGUCCUGGGGGACUCGCUCGGAGCCGGUAUCGUAGAGCACCUCUCCCGGGAAGAACUGCAGACCCAGGACAUCGAGAUCGGCAACUCGGUCAUCGAGGAGAACGAGAAGCCUUACCAGCUGAUCUGCCAGGACAGCGACACCCAGAAACACCGCAACAGCGAGACCAUGAUGUGAUGCUCUGUCUCCGGGGAGCAGCAACACCCAGCCCCUGUCAGAAACAAGCAGAACAACAGCCAACACACUGUGCCUGUCCGACAGAUCCCGGAUUCCCCACAGGGGCUGGCCUGUGGCUGAUCAUUCUGCUCCAUGUCCUUAAGUAUUAAAAUCAUUGUUGCGUACGCAUUUUAAAACUGCAGUAAAAUUAAAAUCCGUUCUCAACGUCUUAAAUAACAUAACGAAGGACCCGGGUAGAAAGAGACUGGAAUGGAUUGAAACCUGCAAGCUAGUGUCCCUGGUCCGGUGUUUUUAUAUCCUUGCUGUACUCAAGGAAAUGAACCUCCUGCAAAGGGAAGGGCUGUGUUUUAAAUGGGAUCCAGGCGUUGCCGUCCUGUUUCUGUCCCUGUUUCAUUCGCUGGUCUUUCUAGUGCACCCCGACACAAACAUCAUUAUUGUGGAUCUACCUCGUAAAUAUUCAAAGUGUUCCUUUUUGUAUAUUUGCUUGGCUGCCUUGAUUUUAAAAAAUGCUUUUACUGCUGAGAUGUUUAGACGGCACAUACCAGAAUCAUCUGACAAUAGCGUUUUAAACAAGUGAUGAAAAUGAUACUCCCUCGACCGUGGUUAGAGGCUCCAAGGGUCGAAUGGGGGAAUUUACCGUGAGACCAAUGGAGUACCUGGCCAUGGUCAUGGUGAAUUAUUUUGUUUUUUUUUUCUAUUUAGAAGUAUCUCUUUACUGUAGUAGACGCACUGUUAAAAUAAGUUAGAGCAAGUUUGCCAUCUAGUGGACAUUCAAAGGUAUUGUAAUGAUUUUGUGUGCAGCAGUUUGUUUUGUCAAAAACACUGCAAAAGAGGACGAAUAUAUUACUUCUGCUUUAGUUCAUCACUUUAUAUCUUUAUAAAACCCAAAAUAUUUGACUUUUUGAGCCGAGGGAAGAAUUAACUAAAAUCACACAAUUUUACUUGAUACAUUGGAUUUCUUCCUGUGGUUUUUCAGAUGUUUUCUUUACAAUGUACUCUAUAUGGUUUACUGUAAUAGAAAAAAAAAACUGUACUUCUGUAGUGUCUAAAAAGUUUAUUCUAUUGCCCUUGAUAUAUUUUAAAACGAUCUCUUCAAAAUGAAGUGUUACAUGACUCCUAAUUCAUUACUGUUCUGUUCCAUUAAGAAAAAUAUAUCUAUUGCUUUUACAUUGCAGAAGUGAGGUUGCAAUGCUGUGUUUGAAGCUGAAUGUUGCAUUCUGUGCAUUACUGAAGCUGAAUGUUGCAUUCUGUGCAUUACUGCUCUGCCUCUAUCUGAAGAGUAAUAGAGCCUUUUAUCUGUUACUUUAAGUGCUGGUUUGAGCCUCUCUUUGAAGUGGUUUUGUUAAAAGGAGCGUUUUGCUUUUUUGAACCGCUAAGUUUAAGACUAGAGUCAUUGUUUCAGUGAAUGUCCUUGUUCCUUCUCUUACAUGACGAAGGCGAUGCUGCAGUCCUAUCUUAUCAGGCCUGCAAUGUUUUCCUGAAUUGCAUGAUUGACGGCACUUGUGUUUUCGACAGAUCCUAUUUAGUAAUUUUAAUAGAUUUGUAUUGGUAUUGUGUAACAAUUUCCUGAAGUAGUUUUGGAUGUAUGGUUGAAUAUCUACGUGUAUAUAUCUAUAUACAUUGUAUAUAGCACAAAGACAUGUUGUAGAUGCGUUCUAUUUAAGGCACCAAGGGCAGCUUGUAUUGCUGUUGAUCAUAUAUACCUGCUUAUCAAUUAGGCUUCUUUUAAAUGGCAUGCUUACUGCUGUAUAAAGAGGGCUGUUUACCUACAAAAGUCAUUUCUCCAGUCCCAGGAUUAGCAACUUAAAACAUGCUCUGCUUUGGGUUUCUCGUCUCCGCAUCCUGUUUACAGGGUCAUCUGCAAACCGUUUGAUUAUUUAAUUGAUGAACAGACAUCUGUUUGAUUUUGAAAAAGUAAAUUACUACACAUUUUUUUUCAAUAUUUUCCUUCUACCAGCACAGGACCAAAAUCAUACAUAUAAACUACUGUUAUUUAUUUAUUUAUUUAUUUAUUUAUUUAUUUAUUUGUGUGAGUGUUUAACUUAUUUUGAGUGAAAUGGCAUUGCAGUUACACGUGUCAGCAUGUGAUUGCAUUUCACCAGUCGUUGAUUGUUUGUGAUGUGCAACGUCUGUCACUGUUUUCAGUUUCACAGCACAAGGAUGACUAGCAGCCAGGAUGUGACAUGGGGCUUGUUUGUGGAGACACUGGGCAAGGUGUUGCAAAGCAGACUCGUGGUUUAGUUGUGUGGGGGUGCGUGGAUGUAGUAAUGAAAUCGAGGGUAGCCUGUACUAAUGAAGGGAUUAUGUGGGCUAUAAAGAAGGCUGAUGGGCAAUGCUCCUAGUCAUGAGUGGAUUAUUUUUCCUAAUCCACUUAUUUACUCAGUAGGGUGGGGGUUCCUACAGUAUACAUAGUACAGGGGCUGCAUCCUGUGCAGACUAGCUAUGGGCGUAAAAGCAAUACACUCCCUGAGGAAAUAACAUCAUAGAAAACAAACAUAUCAACUUUGUAACAAACUGCUAAAUAUGGCCAGUGGCAUGCAGUGACUGUCUACCCAGUAUCUACAGUGACCAAAACCAACAUUUCAAAUUCCUGAUGCGAACGUUUCCCAUUUAAAUUGUAGUAAAUUGCCUUAUUAAUUAUUUAUCAAAAGGGACACUUUAGCGUGGGUUAAGCGCAACCAGCAGAGAACAUUACAUCCAUAUUUGUUUUAAAAUACAUUUAUGGAAUGAGAAUAUUGAACCUGUUUCUGUAACUAUGGCAACAAAGGCUGCUGCACCUCGAUUAUAAAAACACCAUUUUUUAAAAUGUCUUCCUGAUUUAAUUCGUCUGCAGUAGCAGGCAGUAUGGUAGUUCUCUCUUGCACACCAGGGUUACUGUUUAGAGCUGAAAGACCUUCAGGAUUUGGAUCUACAAGGUUCACUUGCCUGGGUUCUCCCGAUCUCCACACCUGAGCUGUCUGUUUUGAGGAAGCUUAAUAAAUACAUGAUAUAUGUGGCACAUUUGUGUUUAUAACCAGUUGGCAUGUUUUGAAAAAAGGUUUCUUUGUUUCAGAAGUGUUCUGAAGCUAGACAUUAGAGGAGGGUAUUGACUAUUUGUUUUGUUGGUUUUACUAUUUUGGGGUUCCACACGGGUCUAUAUGACUUUGAGUUUUAAAUUGUAUUAUUAAGUGUCAAUGUUACUAUGUGGAGUGAAAAUAAAUGACAAUAAAUGGCUUUGAACUUAUUGCUG